AUGGAAAUAGGAGCAGCGGCGUUGUGUUCAGGGUGGUAUGUGCGAUGGGAAGGUCAGGGGAACAGAGAGUAGCGAGAGACGAGAAUGUUUUUUUUCUUUGGUGGCCCGGGUGUUUCGCCAAAUGGCAAUACUAAUGUUGAUGGGCCUAGUGGGGUUCUCUCGUGGUUUCAGUAUGAACAAGCCGGUGUGGUACUAUCAGCGGCUUUGGGGGGCAGACAGAGUUUAUAUGAAUGUCUGUCUGUUUGGUGGCUGAUGUUUAUACUGAUCGUAAGGAGUAGACCGGGGGCGUGUGUGGUGUUGCCCUGCCUGGUCUCCGCUCUUUUCCCCUCCCCCUUGGCGAGCAAAGGGGGUACGCAAAAUAAUAAUGACAAAUUUCGAAAGCAUCGAGAAAAGCGAAAGAUUGUCUGACGAAGUAAAGGAAAUCUGCGUUUUGUGAGAAGCGGCAGAAAUAAACCUUGGCCAAUCAGAAAGCAGGAAGCGGACGAGCGUGUUGGUGUUCUGUUUUCAGUCUACUCGCUUCGCCGUGUUUACCGGGGGCGAGCGAGAGCACGUGUGCGUGUGGUGGCCAAGGGUUGUUUUCUGCUGUGACGUUUCUAUUUCCCACCCACCCACCCUUGCUUUUGGGGGUGUCAGUGGACAUGGAAAUAGGAGCAGCGGCGUUGUGUUCAGGGUGAGUGUCCGUCGGGGGGGACUCACUGUGUAGCCGCAGUCGGGGUUGCGUGUGCCUAUGCUGGGCGCAGUUCCGAGGUGCUCGUCCCAUUUAUUUUGAGUGGGAUUGGUGUACAUCGCACUUCAGGUGGUAUAUGCAGGACGCAUGUUGUUGGGUGUAUCGGACCGUUGCAUGGUUGGGGGAGUGCACUCCUGGCUGCUGUGUGUGGCUAUGUUGGUGCUACGCGCUUCCCCGUUACGUGCGUGACGAGUCUGAUUGAUUGGUGGAUACGCAUACAUAUUAUAUGGCUUAUAUGUGGGUGUCCUGGUGUCCGGGUACAUGCGUGUUUUUCUGCAGUGCGAUGGGAAGGUCAGGGGAACAGAGAGUAGCGAGAGACGAGAAUGUUUUUUUUCUUUGGUGGCCCGGGUGUUUCGCCAAAUGGCAAUACUAAUGUUGAUGGGCCUAGUGGGGUUCUCUCGUGGUUUCAGUAUGAACAAGCCGGUGUGGUACUAUCAGCGGCUUUGGGGGGCAGACAGAGUUUAUAUGAAUGUCUGUCUGUUUGGUGGCUGAUGUUUAUACUGAUCGUAAGGAGUAGACCGGGGGCGUGUGUGGUGUUGCCCUGCCUGGUCUCCGCUCUUUUCCCCUCCCGCUUGGCGAGCAAAGGGGGUACGCAAAAUAAUAAUGACAAAUUUCGAAAGCAUCGAGAAAAGCGGUGCUCAUCAUCCACGCCGGCCGGCGUGCGUGCGCAAGGACUUGCGCACAGAAUUUGCGCGCAAGCGAUAAAUAACGCCUCCAGAACUACCCUUACAGAACCAUUUUGAAUUCGUCCAGCGCACACACAAACGGCUCAACGGCACAGCAGCAUACGCUGCGCUCUCUUCAGCGCUGCGUACCCUGACCCACAAGGAAGGACUGAUGAUGCGGUGAACGUCUUCAGCCUUUUUUCUUUUUAAUAUUUCUCGAGAGAAGGGAAGGGCAAUGAUCUGCCCUCCUAGUCCUUCGAAGUAUUUACAGAGGAUACAUACGACGUCUGCACUUGUACCUUCUGUGAGCAAAAGUUAUUGGUAGGUCAACAAACGACUGCUGACAAUAAUUCCCAGUCUCUUGUCCCUACUUUUUGUGCGGCUUCACAAAACUGAGUUAUCUCUUUCAUGCACAAGAAGACGAGAUUUCAGGACAACAAAUACCAACGUGGAUUACCACAGACACAAACCACACGACACCUUGUUGAGAUCUCAAACAAAAUGCAGCACAGCAAUCGUUUCUGCGCGCGAGUAUCGUGGAGUACAGCAUGGCGCGCGGAAAUAACUACAACAUCGUCGUUGUUCCUAAGAACCACUGCGUAGUAGUCUAAUUGUUUCGGGGGCCAAGUUCACAAGGCAUUGCCCCCAACAUGAACCUGCCNCCCCCCCCCCCCCCCCCCCCUCCUCUGCCCAGCCUCAAGCUCCGCACAUGCAAUAAAUUUUUUGUUUGGCAAGCGCACAUCCCGCCACUCCCACCUUACACAAACUUCCACCACACAUAGGCUCGCGCACCGGCAAAAUCUAUCGUAAAGGUACCGGCGGGACGCCCCCUUCCCCAACCCUGACUCCGUCACAGGGUGACACACAUCCGUCCAUCCGUCAAAGGCUUACUUCCGAAAUAGUUUACACACCACAAUCCUUCAACAACAAGCAAUUCAAGGGUUCGGUUCAGGGCCACCUCCCCCAUAGGCUUUGCUGUUGCUCCUGCUGCUGACGGUGUUUCCUCGAGGUGAUUCGAAUGGGCAUCACUGCCAAUCGAGAUCGGUGCAGCAGUAGUACGCGGAAACAACCUGAGCAAAGCAGAAUGUUCGGCUCUUUUUUGCCACCCCAUCUAUCUCCUCCCCCCCGGUGUUUGCCAUCGGGGUUGGGUGUUCGUCGCUUGGCAACGACGUUGUAAAACAAACAAGCCAAUUCACUUCGUGAACUCGGUAACCAGGUUACCGUUUUUUUCUUACCUCUUUUGUUUGGCGGUAACCAUAAUGGUGGUCGAAUAGAUCAUGUUGUGUGGGGUGGACAAUCUUCACUCCGCGCAAGGGGGAUGAUCGCACCACGUUGCGUUAAAAUGGUCAAGCACCCUCGAGGCAGUUACACAGCACUGCUUACAACUUUCUUNCGGAGCUUCUCGCUUGGUGAUGUGAGAGCCUGGUCCGGUGAGAACCCGGCGUGCUCCGUCCCGGCUUUGUAGGGAUGCGAGGUCAAUGGUCUAACGACACGGCAUGCACGGAUGAGUACACCCAUCUAUCUGCUAACCCCUCCGCCGUACAUACAUCGCAAUCACGGCACCACGGACAUGCCGAGACUUGAGCACGCCACGACCGGUACAUCAUUGAUCAGCUGAUCGUUUCCAAGGCUGCCACCUCUAAGUGCCAAGGGAAGUAAACCUGUAACAAGACUAAAACCGGGAGGGGCUGGAGCUACACGCGGGUUGCCCCAAAUCUAGGGCCAUCCUACCCUUCCGCGGGGAUGUUUCCCCGUCCCCUCAUCUCCUCAUUAUGCAAAUACACGCCUGGCCGCAGGAAACCCUUGAGGAAGCGUAACACCUCNGCGUAACCCCCCCCCCCCCCCCCCAGUGCUUCGCGCCCCUACCAACGCAGGCUAACCUCUGUGGGGAACACAUGCGGUUUCCAUGCUAUCUGCAGCAAAAGAAUGCCUCAGGCGCACAAUCACAAAACUAGUCGAUUUUGUAUGCUUCAACCAGGCGCGGCAGUAGAUUGCAAGAGUAUAUGCUGCUAGCCGUACCAAAAAGUACACUUGAAUUAGUAUUUAUAUCCUCUGUCUGUCUGUCUGUCUGUCUGUUUGUCUGUCUGUUU